AUGAAGUUUGCCAAAGUUCUCCAGCAAACAUUAGUGGAAGAAAAUCUUCCCGAGACGUGGGUGGAGGCAGCCAUCCAAUACAAGAUGUUGAAAAAAUACAUCAGUAAAGUUGUGGAGGAGUUGCAGUUUGUGGGCUUGACCAAUACGGAUUUGAAGCUUUUGCUUCAGAACGAAGACCAAAAGAAAACAGUGGAAUUGGACAGAGAGGAGGCGAGCCCGACAAAUCCCAUCAUGGCAAAAUACAUGUUGACCAAAUCCCGUGGCUCCAACAGAAUUGUGCCUUACUUAAAGAUUGUGCUUAAUGACACCGAUAAGCAAAGUUACACCCAGGACCAUAUCCAGGAACUAGCGCAGGAAAUCCGGGAGAAAGUGGAGAAGGCCAUGUCCACAGAUGACGAGGACCAGCACGUGAUGGAGAUUCGGGAGCAAGAAGAUGGCCUAGUGCUAUCCCCCACGCAUACUCGAAAUAAUGAAGAGUUGGUGAAGGUCCAAAACAAUAAUGAAAUAGUCAUCAUGCUCAAGUCGGACCUGAAGUUUUUCCGCAUGCUUAAUGCCGAGUUGGCUAACCUCGACGAGAUCCGCCAAAGCGAAGAAAAGACUCUCAUUACCGAGGUGGAGCAGAUUGGCGAGAUUGUGCAUCUGCUCACGCAAAAGCGGGCUGAUUUGUACAAAUGGCGCGAGCUUUUCCGGAUUUACCUUGACUCGGAGGUGUUUUUCCGCUAUAACGAGACAUCGAGGCUGCAGUUGGAACGUAGCUCGGAUCAGAUUAAGCGCAAUUUGCAAGAAUUUACUGACAGGGUGCAAAAGACGGACAUUUUGGAUACGUUCAAGCAAAAGAAAUCACUUGUAGCAUACCACCAAUUUGUGAAAACAAAUGAGCGGUUGCUCAAGAUCAUGCAGUUUCAGUCCAUCAACACAACGGCGUUGCGGAAGAUUUUGAAGAAGUUCGACAAGCGGACAUCGUUGAACAUUUCCACAAAGUUUCCCGAUCUCAUUUCUCAGGACCAUAUAUUCAUCACCGGGUCUUCUUUGGCACAGUCCAUUUGCUUUCUUAUGCAACACCGCCUUCUCACUCUUGUUCCACAACUUGAGGAUUAUCUGUGUCCAAUCUGCAUGUCGAUUGCGUAUAAGCCCAUUCGAUUAGAGUGUGGCCACAUUUUUUGCGUGCGAUGUUUGGUAAAGAUGAAGAAGAGAGGAAAGACGGAUUGCCCGCUCUGUCGGUGUCAAGAAGCAAUCUUGAAGGCCGAUUCGAGCAAUUUAGAUUUAGAGAUUAUGGAUUUGAUCCAGCGCUUUUUCCCAAUGGAGGUCAAGGAGAAAAUGAAGGAGAUAAAGGACGAAAAGUACAAAGAAGUGGUUGGAGAGCACAAGAACUGUGUUAUUAUGUAA